AUGAUUUCUACAAUUUACACUGUUCAUCAUAUUUUUUGUGCAUAUGAUGGAAAAGAAGGUCGUUGUAUUGCUUGCGCAUUGGUUAAUAAUGUUAGCAACAAUUCAGGCCUCUAUAUAAUGUUGUUCGGUGUACAAAACUUAAAUCAAGGUCGUGGUAUAGGUACACGUUUAUUGGAAAAUAUCAUUCAAUGGGCACGUCAAACAGGAUAUAGAUUUAUAUGUUUACAUGUACAUGUUGAGAAUUAUCAAGCAAUGGGAUUAUAUGAAAAAGUUGGUUUUCGAAAAACUGAAUAUAUACCAAAUUAUUAUGGUCAUCUACCAAAAAAUCCACCACAUGCUUUUCGAAUGGAUUUACCAUUAUGGUCAUACCAUGGUUCUUAUUUAGAAUUAUAA